AUGGCGAAAAAGGCCAAAUCCCGCACCAUAGCAGUGCGCCUUGUAUCAAUGGCCUUGACCGGAUACUACAAGACCAUGAUACGACCUCGUCUACACAGACCUCUCAGUAUGCUGAAAUACGAUCCUGUCGGUACGUUCGACUUCAUAACCUCUUACAAUGGGAAAUGA